UUUUGGCGUUAGACAGAAAACUUUUGUUUACAUAAUAAUAAUGUUACAAUGUUACUUAUUAUUAAAAAGCUUCGAUCAAAAAGAUAAAUCUUAACGUUGUAAAGUAAAGUUUAUCUUCUAAGAUGCUCAAAAAUUCUAAAUCUAUGUUUACAUUUAAUAAACUCUAAUAUAUAUUUGUUUACCGGAACUAGUGUAAACUAUUAAAAUGACUUUAGUUCUAUGUUUUGGAGGAAUGAUUUCCUUAUUGUUUCUUGGAUUUGUCGAAACAAUUCCAAAGAUGUCUGGAGAAGAGCCGAUAGAGAAUGAACUCCUUAUUGAUUAUCCAAAAGCUGAUAAGAAAUUGAAAAUUCAUUUCAAAGGACAUUAUGAUCCUGAGUUAAUCAAAGCACUACAGCGUUCCCCUCAGCUUGUAUCACCUGACCUCAUAGACAAAAUUAUACCUGAUCAUAACAAGAUAAUUUUUGUUAUACAACUUAGGGAGCCACUAACACAUUUGGAAGUUAUUCAUGAUAUUACAGAAGCUGUUGCAAAACAUCUGAAUUUAAAUUUGGAUGAUGUUAAAAUUUCUAAAUAUGAGCCUCAAUCAGGAGUCAUCAAAAUGUUUUUCCUGUACAGAACUAAACACGACAACGACACAGAAAUUGGGAAAUUAAAACCAGCCUCUGAGAUGCUGGGACAUUUUGUUAAGAAGAGAUUGCAAAAUGCUGGUGGUGCCAUCAAAAUAUUGGAUAUUCAUGAUGGCAGUGAAUCUCCAUACCAAUAUGUGAAUGGUCGAAGAAUCACUGUACAGAGUAUAUUUAGUGACAAGAACUGGGAAGCUUGGCAGCUAGCUGUUCUCAUUACAGCUAGCUUAUUUGCCAUAUUUUGUAUGACUGUUGUAAUUCUCUUCAUCAGUUCGUGCCGCCUUUCAAUAAAUAAAGUGGGCCCCGUAGAAGAGCCGCGGCAUGUUGUGGUGCAACCGGUUUUAAGGCCGGCAGUUGCUGGAGUUGGUAUAAUUCAACCUGAGAAUAGAGAUCAGGGAAUCGAACAGAUUCAGCAAGCUGUUGAUCACCACCUGGUUGCUCGUCCUGCCCAAAUUGAACCUUUACUACCUGAAUCAGAUUCUGAAAAUACCCCAAGUCCAUCCCGUAGUCCCAUGAGAAGAGGCAGAGGUUUACUGGAAAGGCGUGGUUCAAAUGCUUCAUUAACACUUGAUUUGAAUCGUUCUCAAGAAAAUAUACACUGUGGAACUCCACCAAAAGAAUGCUCAGCUGAGGAAUACCUACAGUCAGCAAGCAAAAGGCUCACCAGACGUCAACUGAGAUCUGUUCUUAGAGAUGUUAAAGCACUUCAUACUGAAUUUUGGGAAAUUCCCAUGAAUCAUCCUGAGAAAGUAGAAGUUGCUGGUUCUGGUACUAAAAACCGAUAUAAAACUAUAUUGCCAAAUGAAAAUACCAGAGUAAGUUUAUAUGAAAGAAAGGAUGAUCCAUUAUCUAGUUAUAUUAAUGCCAAUUAUGUUCGAGGCUAUGGUGGUGAAGUAAAUGCAUAUAUAGCUACUCAAGGCCCCUUGCCUCAUACUGUAGAUGAUUUUUGGUUGAUGAUAUGGAAAGAAAGGAGUCCCAUCAUUGUUAUGAUUACUAAACUGAAGGAAAAGCUAAAGGUAAAAUGUGAACCUUAUAUACCAGAUUAUCAAGAUAGGUUUGGAGAUGUUGAAGUAACUGUCAUAAGAGUCAUACCUCGUGAAGGUUACACCAUUAGAGAACUCUUUUUAAGAAAGGGAAGUGAAACGCACACUGUUCAUCAUUUUUGGUACACCACUUGGCCUGAUCAUAAAACACCUGAAACAGCAAAGCAGUUGUUAGCAAUGGCUCUUGAAGUGGAAGGUCUAAGGCGUGAUAAUUCUGGAGCGACUAAGGGACCCAUGAUCGUUCACUGCAGUGCCGGAAUAGGUAGAACUGGAUGCUUUAUUGCUGCUAGCAUUGGUAUACAACAGCUUUUGGAAGAAAAUUCUGUAGAUGUUCUCGGAAUAGUUUGCUCAUUAAGAAUUGACAGGGGAGGGAUGAUACAGACAGCGGAGCAAUACGAGUUUGUGCAUCAGGCUCUUAGCAUAUUUGAGGUAACAAUGCCCGGAGGAGAUUGAUAGAAGGAAAAUGAGUUGAUUUGAUUUGUUAUUUCAAUGUAUCGGAGUUGUGAUUGAUGUAUUGUUUCAGUGUUCAUGCUGAUUGUUAAGUGUCUGUGGUUGUUAGGAACUGUGUUCCUGUUUGCUGGUGUCUGUUAAUUGCUUAACAUGUGGAUCAUGUUAUGUAACGUCGCACAUUGUUGCGUUGCUGAGAGGUUGUUACUUGUCCCAUUUUGUUUGCAUUGUUGUAACCUGUGUGAUUGUUAAAUGUGAAAAUAUUUAUCAUUGUUUGUUUUUUUAAAAUCCUUGUGACAAUGUUGGUAUUAUUAAUUUUUGUUUUUCUGUGUAUGUAUCAUGUUAAUUUAGUUACAUCAUAUAGAGAAUUGAUUUUUUUUCUUUUUUAUUGGAAUUUGGUGAAUUUAUUUAUUCUUUAGUGUUAAACAUUUAUUUUGAUGUUAUUGGUCGUAAUUCAUUAUUACUUUUUUUUAAUUAUCAUGUAUUGCGGAUUAAAAAAUAUUUAUUUUUUCAUAUAAGUAUAGUGUUAUUUUCUUUUUUUGUUAUGUCAUUUAUAAACAUAAUAGUUAGGGUUAUUUAGGGCUUUAAAUUGUCCAAUUAUAUUGUGUGAGGUUAUUAUAUUUGUAGUUUAUUUUAAAGGGUCUAAAAUAGAGCUUAAAUCAUUUUCAAUUUAUAUGCAAGAAAUAAAAUUUAGUAUUCUUAUUUUCUAGUAAGAAAUGUUUUUGUUUUUAAAACGAACACUUUACUUACAGUGUUUCUCAAAAAAUGCAUGAUAGGCAACAAUUCUUUACUUAAUUUCUAUUAAAGAUCAAAGAAAGUGAAAAAAAACAAUGCAGUUAAUAUGUUGCAAUUUUCUUACAACGAACUUCUUUUGAAAUUUUUGUAUUAGCAGCUCUUAUUGAAUGGAUAUAUAUGUUUUUCAAUUUAUUUCUUUUUUUUUCUCUAAAGAGUUAUAGAUUAUUGUAUAGAGUAAUUAUUUUUAGUAGAACACCUUCCUUUUCUCUCCCGUCAAAACAAGUUUUGCUCUCUAUUUCUUGUGCUCGUGAUAUUUCUGGGCUCUAGUGUUCAAAAGUAACAUGCUAAUAAAAUUAUUAUAUUUAUUUUGUAUGCCCCUGAAUCAUAUUUAUUUCUCCAUCUUUUCACCAGGUGGCAGUAUCAGACUAUUUGUAAUUAGUCUGGAAAUAGCUAGUUUAUUUGUAACUAGAUGUCAGCACUCAUUAAACAUGUAAGUUAAAAAUUA